UAAUGACAUUCAACAUCUCUGUGCACCGGUCAUGGUGGCGGGAACACGGGCCCGGCUGUGUCCGAAGAGUACUGCCCCCGUCAGCCCAUGGCAUGACGGACGAUUACACGUAUGUCUCUGUCACCGGCUGCAUUGUUGACUUCCAGUACCUGGAGGUCAUCCACAGUGCCGUCCAAAUCCUGCUCUCUUUGGUUGGUUUUGUGUAUGCCUGUUAUGUGAUCAGUAUUUUCAUGGAAGAAGAGGAUACCUUUGAUUUCAUAGGUGGACUUGAUGCACACUCCUACUACCAGGAUCAUGUUACGUUAAAGCCUGUUCAUCUGUCGAAAUAAGUAAUGACACUGACUCUGAAACGCAGCUGCUGAACUUGACUUAGGAAGCAAAGCACCACUGACAGCACUCUCUGCAUCAACACGUCUCACUUCCUUCCAGACGGGUGGACCGCACCUCCCUGCUUCUCCACGAGUCACGGAGUUCUCCGGGCACAGCCUACGUAUUAUUAGCCUUGUUUGCUAGAUGAGUUGUAGGUGCUUGGGUGGGUAUAUUUUUAGUCGUUUCCUUCUUAAAAGAAGACUUGUAAUUUGUACCCCCAAAAUCGGUUUUUAAUUUUUUAACAAUAUUUAAUGUGAGGCAUGCGACAUGAAAAAAACAUUCUGUGAAAACCUUCCACAGUCAAUUCUAAGAGGAAUGUGGGUUCGUGUAGUUGAGGUGUCAGGUCCCCAUUGCUGCCUGCAAUGACCCCAGACCUGAAAGAGUUCACAUGGUAGACGUCACCUGGGGUUUCUCAGCAGCAAGUUAGAUGCCAUGACAGCUGAUCAAUGGAUGCAGAGAGUGGAUCAGGCUUUCAGACUGAGUAUGGAUCAAUUGUUCACCCCCACCAGACAAAACAGGGAGUCCUCCUUUGUUCUCAACUUUCCAAAACCCAGAAUAAUUGUAUGGCAAUCUAAAUGUUCAGAUGUGUGAAUGACAUCUUGCUCUUCCUGUGUUCUGAAAAAUUAUAUAUCUUGGGUGUAAGAAAGAGUGAAAUGACCAGUAGAACAUCUUUGCCCUUUGGAGGGAAUCUGGGUAUCUCUGAGGUUCAGAUUUUCUACCCUUUAUCCCAGACCUGCCAUUGGCACCCAGACCUAAAUAUACAGCUUAUAGGUUCAUGGGACAGAAAUCACAACCUUAAAUCUGCAAUCAGAAGUGUUGCUCUUAAUAUAUUCCAAAAAAGUAUCAAAAUGGCAUGGAGUUCUCUAUAUACUUCUAAAGAAGUAUAUAUACUUCUAUUGGUUCUACAUCAACUUUUCUUUCUUCUAACCUAUUCUAAUAACCAAGAAAGUAAUAUGGGAAGCAUAAUUUUCUAUGGAAGAAAAGGACUCUCUUGAAAAUGCAUCACAUUUUUUUUUUCCAUUCUUAUCUUUCAAUUACUAUUUCCCAUAUCAAAAUAAGCUUUGCUCAUUUUGUGCAACAACCAGGAUUGGUCCUCCUAGAGGCCGUGAAAUUGGGUACAUGCACUACUUAAUCCAGAAGUUGUUAACCUGGCCCAUGAACCUCUAAGUCAGUCUACAACCCAUCUUAAAUGGUGUCUACUUUUUUGUAUCUAUGUAGAGGCUUUCGUUUCCUACUUCUUCUUCCAAGUCCAUAUAUCUUAUGAGAUCGCCUUAAGACUGAGAAUUUAUGCAAUAAAGUCCACCCUGGUUCAUGACAAACAGCGUGGGCUUUCUGGAGGCCUGCUAUACUCACAGCCUCCUCUGGACUAUGUCUCCCAUCAGUCAGCUGACAUCCACUGAAUCCCAUCAGUUCUCAUUCCACUGAAUAAACCAAAUUCAAAAUGAACAGGAGGUAGCAGAGAAAAACCAGUCCAAGUCGCCUUGUACAGUUGAGGGAGGUGAGUCCUCAGGGAUUUGCUGAUGUGUCCAGAGUCCUGCUGUGUCCCAAGGGCAUGUUUUGUGGUGGCGCAAGGAAGGAGAAGCUGGAGGACAAAGACAGGGAGGGGGGUGGGGUAUGGCCUUGCAGAGUGUUGACAUCUCAACCCUAGAGAAUUCCUGUAAGUAUAACAACAAUCCCUCCCUCCCAAGGGUAAGGUGAGGAUUAGUUGGAAAUGUACCACAAUUAAAAGAGGCGGUUCUCACUGUCAGGUCAGAACAAGUUGGAUCCUGUCUAGAGCUCUUGCUACCCAUUCAAGUAGUGUGAAAACCCCAUGCAAACUCCGAACUCUUCCAAGUUUCCUAAAAAAUAGCUUGAAAAACUUGCCCGUAUUUAAGAGAUUAGAAAUAAUAUUCACUAAACAGCGCAUUUCUUAAUUUACAAGUAAUUUUUACCUUCAAAUACAAGAUGAAUACAUAGUAUUACUAGGGAGGAAGCUAAUAGAAUAUAAAAAAUGUAGAAAAUCAGUAAGACAGAAGAAUAAAAUUAACAUUUAAAUAUUUUAAACUGUCAUUUCAUCAUCCCCUCCACACAUACACACACACACAAACAAAACACAGUGAACAUUUCACAAAAUAUUACCACACUAACUUGCGUUGCCUUCAUAUAAAUUUGAACGUACUUCUACAAAGCACUUCAGAGUCCUAGAUCUUGUCUAACUGCAGAUUUGAGGAGGAAAUCCUUGUAAUAGUCAUCUUUCUAUGUAUAUUCAAUAUAUGGAACUACUUGAUAUGGUACGUGUGUUUUUAGUUUUUAAUCUUUCUUCAUUGAAGUUAUCACUGUUUCAGACCCCAUCCCAUCAAUUCAUCAUGAUAAUUCUAAAGUUCCAGAAAUGCUGCCAUUCAUCAGAAGCAAGCCAGAUAGGUCUCCUGUCUGCUGCCCCUCCCCUGGAGUUCCUCUGUACCUCUCCUGGUCCCACCAGUCUUCAGAAGUUAUGCUUACUUAAGACCAGUGGAUGAAAAGAUGCACAGGCUUUGCAGUAACAGUCAGCAGCCACCCCUUGAUCUGGGUAAUUCCGACACACAACUGUCAAGCUUGCUGCCUCUCUGUUGUUCUUUGCGACCCCUGGACUGUAGCCCUGGACUAGACUCCUCCAUCCAUGGAAUUUUCCAGGCAA